AUGAGCUCCAACCGCACUAACUUCAGCAUCAACAAGAUCAAUGAUGACCACAUAAUCCGCAUUUUUGAGAACUCGGCCAAAAGACACUUAAACUGGAACAUGACCAACACUCAUAUAUCCCAGGCCACCAGCACUGCCAGUCCCAAAGACGUUGUAGCAACCAUGUACUUUGUCUGUGACCACCAGGGUUUGCCCAAGAAGGUCAAAGUGGUCGAAGGCACUGGCAACCAGAAAGCUAAAAUGGUUCAAACCAAAUUAAUCAAGGAUGGCUGCAAGGCCAAAAUCAUCAAGAAGACCUUGCAAAAUGGUAACGUUGUUGUAGGCUACUUGUGGCAGCAUGCCACCCAUCAGCCUGAAAAAGUCCAAAACAUAGUCUAUUCAAGACUACCUGUUGAGUUAAAGCAGUGGAUUCUGUCCCAUGUGGACAAUAACAUGCAUUGGAAGGCCAUCAAGAUGCUCCUUUGCAUCGAUCAUCAGCGCUUGGAAGAGCUUGAAGCCGGUCUUGGCAUUUCCAGUUUCCUGAUGUCUCUGCGCAUCAAUUAUCAUGAUGUGCAGAAUGUCAUCAAUGCUCGUUUGAACAAGCUUUCAAGAAAAAACGUCAUUGAUAAGGCAAGUGUUGAGCAAUGGAUUGAGUUCUUGGAAAAAGAAAAGAACUAUCUGGUUCACAUUGUCUUUCAUCAAGACUUGCAAAUUCUUGGUGGAUUCCAACAAGCACUCAUAUCUGUAUACGAUUGUUGUGAGAAUCUGCGUGUCAAGCGCGUGAUAAUUAACUGCAACCCAGUUGAGAUUGAUGCCCUGAAGGAAGUCUUUGGCCAGUCCAUUCAGAUUCUUUUGUGUCACAAGCACAUCAAGAGAGCAUGGGAGAUGCACAUCAAAAAAGAUCAUAAGCAAAAUGCAGUUCGGGUGGCCCUCAACUUAAUGAUGCAUGCCAAGAUCAAGGAGGCGUUUGAUCAGCAAUACAAGAAAUUUGUUUCCAAGUUUGCUGGCUAUGGGAAAUUUGAUGCCAGAUUUUACACAAACAAUCUUAUUGAAUCCUACCAACAUAUCUUGAAAGCUUACUACUUGGGAAGAUCAAGAAACUUCCAGGUUGACCAGUUGUUCAAGAAAUUUGUUCUCAUUCAUGUUGAGAAGGCUAAGAAGAAGGGGGCUUUUGACAUUGAUCACGAGGAUGCUCUUCACAUGAUUGAAACUGUAGAAGACAAUUUGUAUGAGCUCUUGGUUAAAGAGGAAGUUCUAAUAAUGGGACUUCAAUACUCUUUAAUUAAAGAGCUUCAUAUCGUUCAGAACCCAGAAGUUCAGGUAGUUGAGAGAAGUGAGGAGAGUACUGAAGCACAAAAUGAGUUGCAUUUGCUUAAGUUUAAUGAAGUUUCUGAAAGCUUGUUCAAGUUUUUUGAACAAGCUUUCAGAAAAACGGAAAGCAGAAAACUUGAAGAGUGGUUCUGGGAUGGACGUAACACCCCAGAUUUUGAGAGAUUGCUUGUCUCUGAUAGAAGAAACUGGAGUUGCUCCUCAGCAAAAGUAUAA